GUAAAUUUACGACGAGUUGCCCAAAAAAAAAAAAAGGAAGUAAAUUUACGACGAUAGAUUAGGCUGACGGCCCGACCACCCGUUAUGGGUCAAUAAUAAAGGCCCAUUAACGGUAUAACUUAGCAAGAUAACAAACGAAGAAGAAAAGUCGUUGACAAAAAGAAAAAAAAAACACGAUUUUGAGACAAUUUGCCGAUUCCUCGAUCAUUUCAUCUGCUGAAUAACAACAGUGAUUGGCUCUUCUGAUUAGCAAGCUUCUUCUUUUCGAAAUCGCAUCACUUUGGCUGAUCGGUGGAUUCUACGAACCAUGUUCAAUUUCUGGGGAUCAAAAGAACAGCAACAAGGACAAUCUCGUCCUUCUCCAGAAGCUUCUGCAACACCGUGGUAUUCGCCGUCUCUUGUCACCUCUCCUAGCUCAUCCCGGCCUCAAACCUCAGGGCAGAUUCCAUCACAUGUUUCACCAGGUGAAGCCGCCGGCAUUAUUGCCAUUUUAAAAGACAAAAGUGUGGAUGAGCUUAGGAAGCUUCUCUCUGACAAGGAUGCGUAUCAACAGUUUCUGCACUCGCUUGACCAGGUCACUAUUCAAAACAAUAUCAGAGAAGAGCUUCGCAAAGAAACGUUACAUCUAGCUAGAGAAAACUUGGAGAAGGAACCACAGAUAGUGGAGCUCAGAAACCAAGUGAAUAAUAUCAUUCAAUCUCUGAGUGAGUUAAUUAAGUAUAUGAAACUUCUCUCCAUUUGUAUAAUCUUUUUAAAAACAGUGCAGAAUAAUCCGUACAUCCGAGCUUGCGACUGCUCAAGAGAAGCUCAAUGAGCUUGAGAAUCAAAGAGAAGAGAUCCUCAAAUUCUACUCUCCAGGUUCUCUUCUUCAUAGACUUCAAGAUGCUAUGAACCAGGUGGAUGAAGAAUCAGAGGAGCUGCAACAGAAGUUUAUGGAGAAGGAUAUUGACACAGCUGCAUUUGUGCAGAAAUACAAAAAGCUAAGAAGCAAGUAUCAUCGACGGGCUUUGAUUCAUCUCGCUGCUAAAACUUCAUCUAUUGGCUGAAAACAAACUUACACGUUUUGUUUUUUUUGCUUCCGACCUUAAUUCGAUGUGUAAGUAAACAAAACUGGUUAAAAGUCGAGAUCUAUAUACGAGAUCAAUAUAUAUCAUUGUAUUACAUAAUCAUGUUAUGCUCUAUGAAUCUGAAUCUUCUAUAGUUCUUUCUGAUUUUGAAUC